AAAUUGUUGGAGCGUAUAUUUACAAACACUUUUAAAAAUCAAUAAACCUACAAUUUUACUACAAAAAUUGACAUUUUAAUUACUUUAAAAUGAUGAUUUAAAUCGGAAAUCAACAACUACGCAUGACGAUAAACAUAUUUUUGUAUAUAGCAACAGAGGAAGUCAACUAGAAACCCAAUUUUCUACAAUAAUUCAACAAGAAUGUCUCACGAAGUAGAAGAAACCCUGAAGAGAAUACAGACACACCCUGGAGUGGUCGGAACUAUUGUUGUUAAUAAUGAAGGUAUUCCAAUUAGAACAACAUUGGAUAACCCAACGACAGUCCAGUAUGCCGGAUUAAUACAGUCUUUAACAGCAAAAGCUAGAAGUGCAAUUCGGGAUAUUGACCCACAAAAUGACUUAACAUUCUUAAGAAUCAGGUCUAAAAAGCAUGAAAUAAUGGUAGCCCCAGAAAAGGAGUACUUACUGAUUUGUAUCCAGUCUCCGAAUUAAGGACUUGAUCCUCAGUGGAUAAUACCACUAAGAUGUCAAAGUUACAUGCCAUGUACAUAUAAACAGUGCAAUAGUAAUUAGUUAUAUCUAAUACUAAGAUAUACAGGACGUAGCCGAGCUUUACUACAUUCGGACUUGCUAUAAUAUAUUGUUACAGAAGUUAGAAUAUUUUACUACAAUAAAAUUACUAAUAAAUGA